UUUCUCUUUCUGUCUAUGUACACACAUUUUGAAAUUCAAUCAUAAAUGAAUAGCUUCUGACAUCAACUCGCAUCCAUUUUUUGAUUUAAAAUGAAGUUCAGCUCCGAGAAAACAUUGUUCGUUACUAUCAUCAUUGCAGCCAUCGUGUCUUUACAAGGGGUAACAAGUCAGUCAGAAUGGCACCGACUGGAUGACGCAGUCUAUCUAGUGGACAGCAUCACCCGAUUAGACUACGAUCAGGCGCAGGCUCUCUGUCAAGGUUAUGGAGCGAAUCUAGCAAGGGUUGACUCAGACGAGAUCCAGGCUUUCUUGACGAGUUUCAUCACUCCGCCUUUAAGAGAUACGCGGUGCUUUUGGAUUGGUUGCAAUGACAGAGAGGUCGAAGGUCAAUUCAGAUGGCUUGACGGCACACCAGUGAUAUAUGAUGGUUGGGCCCAAGGUCAACCAGAUAAUGGUGGUGGAGGUCAAGAUUGUGCUUGCCUCUGGUCGAGCAGAAAUAAUGACAUACAUGGACAAUGGGACGAUGACGGCUGUACAGUAGACAGAAACUUGAUUUGCCAGAAAGGAAUUUAUAAUUUCCGACUGACGAUCCCUCGAACAAAUCCCGGUUUUAUUAAUGUCUACUGCGCCGUCGACGUCGAAAUCGAAGGAGAAACACUGUCUCCAGAUGACGUCAAGCUAUCCAUCGGUCAAACUCUUUCGUCAUCGAGACCGAUUUCCCACUCAUCGACGAGCCUUGAUGGUGAAUUCCGUAAUAAUAGUUUCCUCCUUUACAACGUGACCGAAGGUGACCAAAUCUUCUGCUACGCUGGUGAACUUCCGGACAAAAAUAGAUCCUUUUCACUGGCUACUUUUUCUGCUGUCUUUGAUGUUUACGAGCUACCAUCCGGCCCAACAGCUGGAGAGAUCAGCUCAUCAUCAGUCACUGUCUUCUGGAGCUCUUGGAUACCUUGCCUGGAUCCUGGUGAUGGACCUGUUGUUGGUUACCUUAUCUAUCAGCAAACCAUGGAAGAGAAACAAUGGACAAUGGCUGGUAGAAUCGACUCGGGUGUGGGAGUUGGCGAUCUUCAACGAAUAAUGGAGUUUGUAUUGACUGAGUUGGAACCAGGAACAGAAUACAAUAUCAGUGUGUCUGCCGUCAGAGAAGGUCCCGGCGGAGAAGGACUACGAAGUCCACUUGUGACUGUUACGACUCCUAACCUCCGUGAGUGGUGA